AUUUCCUUCGCCGCCGUCACACUCCGUCAAUUUCUAUUUACUUGUCGUCGCCAUUUCUCUCAACGCUUCAGACGUGACCAUCGCCUCUAAUGUUUGUUGUUUAUACAUUCGAAGGUCCUUCCUCCUCCAAAAUACCAGAUGACACCGGAAUUAGAGGAAUUUUUAUCUGGGAUUUAUCAUCAUCAUUUACCAUCAUUUGGGAAGAUGUUUUGUGGAACUGAUAUAAACCUGUGCUUAUAAAUCUCCGAUAGAGUUACUGUAACAUGUUUCCUCUGUCUGGGACUAUUAGCAACAUUUCUCUGCUUCAAUGUUUGGAAUAUGUACGGAAUGGUUUUGCAGUUUGAUUAAAAUUGGAGUUACACAGAACUUAGCUGCAUCGAGAAUUCUUGACUGAGGUUAGCGCUGCUGGAGAUGUAAGAGGAGAAAUAUUUGUGAAGAAUAAGGUGUAAGAGCUAACAGAAGCAAAACAUCUGUGUAUUGUGGUGAGAGAAAAGUAAUUAUGGAAAACGAAUUGUGUAUGGAGAGUGUUAAAUGCGAAACAGAGCCUGUAAGGAAUGAUAUUCCUGAUGAAGUACCAAAAACGAAGGGGAAACCAUCGUAUUAUUGUGAUUUUUGUGAAAAACGCUUUACUCACAAAGGCAACUAUGCUGCUCACCGACGUGUUCAUACAGGAGAGAAGCCAUAUCACUGUGAUAUCUGUGGGAAAUCGUUCUGUAAAGGAAGUCAUUUGACCAGGCAUAGACAUGUUCAUACGGGUGAGAAACCGUAUCAGUGUGAUAUCUGUGGUAAAUCAUUCUCUGUGGGGCCUAACUUAACGAGGCACAAACGCAUUCAUACAGGAGAGAAACCAUAUCACUGUCCUAUCUGUGGUGCCACAUUCUCCGAAGGAGGGAACUUGAUUCGACACAAACGUAUUCAUACAGGAGAGAAGCCAUAUGUCUGUGAUAUCUGUGGUAAGUCGUUCUCAAUAAAAGGCGAUUUAACUAGACAUAAACGCAUUCAUACAGGAGAGAGACCAUAUUACUGUGGUGUUUGUGGUAAAUCAUUUUCAACAAACGGUGAUUUAACCAGACACAAUCGUAUUCAUACAGGGGAAAGACCGUUUCACUGUGUAAUCUGUGGUAAAUCAUUCUCUCGAAAUGAAGAGUUGACUAUUCACAAACGCAUCCAUACGGGAGAGAAACCAUAUCACUGUGAUAUCUGUGGGAAGGCGUUCUCUGAAGGAAGUCACUUAAAGACACAUAAACACACCCAUACAGGUGAGAAACCGUAUGAGUGUGACACUUGUGGUAAAUCAUUCUCUCAAAAUUAUCGCUUGACUAAACACAAGCUCGUUCAUGCUGCAGAAAAACCAGACGGCUGUGAUAAGGGUGAUGAAUGUUUCUCUGCGAAAAAUCAGGUAGCUACACCUGAAUAUGUCAACAAAGGAGAGAAACCAUAUUUCUGUGACGUCUGUGGCAAAUCGUUUUCUGCCACAUUCUAUUUAACUAGACACAUCCGCAUUCAUACAGGAGAGAAGCCAUACCACUGUGACAUCUGUGGCAAAGCAUUUUCUGUGAUAAGUAAUUUGACUGGACAUAAACGUAUUCAUACAGGGGAGAAACCAUAUUGCUGUAAUGUCUGUGGUAAAUCGUUCUCAAUAAUUAGUAAUUUGACUGGGCACAAACGCAUCCAUACAGGUGAAAAGCCGUACCGCUGUGAUGUGUGUGGUAAAUCAUUCUCUGUAGUCAGUAACCUAACUAUUCACAAGCGUAUUCAUACGGGAGAGAAACGACAUCACUGUGAAGUCUGUGAUAAAUCAUUUUCUCAAAGAAGCCAUUUAAUCACACAUACAUACACUCAUACAGGAGAGAGGCCCUUUCACUGUGAAAUCUGUGGUAAAUCUUUCUCUUCGGGAAGUCACUUAACUAAACACAAUCGUAUUCAUACGGGUGAGAAGCCCUAUCACUGUGAUAUCUGCGGUAAAUCGUUCUCUCGAAAUACUUACUUAACGAAACACAAGAACACUCAUUCAGAAGAAGAACUUUAUAACUGAUGUCUUUAGUACAUCGUUCUCUGAUGAAAAGAGCUGAAUUGAAGAUAUUCAUCCAGAACAGAAACCAUAUUAUCGAUAUCCAGGGUCAAAAAUUUUCUCAUUAACCCUUUUGCAUUUAAACCGGUUGUAUCCAGUCAAAAUAUUCUCCGUUCAAACCAGCCAGAUCUGACCUCUCAUACCUACGCUACAAUGUCAACCUACAAAUAAGCAAUCACAUUAUAAUAAUCUAGAGGCUUCAAGAUAAGAUAUGAUUAAUUGUAAACCAUGUGAAUAAACAAGUAUUAUAUUGGACAGACUAAUCUUAAUGCUUAUUUACCCUUUUGAUGCCAACCCGGCUGAAACCGCCUUUGGCUCUGAGUAUAAAUGUCUUGUUUUCAAAAGUUCUGAAUAAAAAUCUUCCACCCAA